AUGGAAAGAAGAAUUAAAUUAAAAACAUUAAAUAGCCAUAUAACCUGUAAAAUUUGCAGGGGCUAUUUAAUCGAUGCGACUACUGUAACGGAAUGCCUUCAUACUUUUUGUAAAAGUUGUUUGGUUAAACAUUUAGAAGAAAAUAAUACAUGUCCAACAUGUAAUAUUGUCAUACAUCAAUCUCAUCCUCUUCAGUACAUCAGUUUCGAUAGAACAAUGCAAGAUAUCGUUUACAAAUUAGUACCCCAUUUACAAGAAAAUGAAAUGAAACAAGAAAGAGAGUUUUACAGACUGCGUGGUUUACCAUGUCCAAAAGAUGUACCCGUCGCAGGUUCGGAUUUAGAAGAAAAAUCGAUAAUGGAUGCUCAUGCCGAAUCGGAUUAUCACAGGCAUGAAGAACAGGUACAUUUGGAAAUGGUAAUAGGUGAAAAUAUGAAAAGCUUACCUAGAAAAUUUAUAAGAUGUUCCUCUCAAGCGACCAUAACUCACAUAAAAAAAUACAUUGCUAAAAAAGUUUGGUCUCCUGAAAAAUACAGUAAUAUCGAUAUUUUAUGCAAUGGAGAAUUAUUAGGAAAAGAUCACACUUUGAAAUUUGUUUACGUCACACGUUGGCGUUUAAAAGAUCCUCCUAUGAAAUUAGAAUAUAGAAGAACGAUCGACAUUUAA